AUGAGCGAAGAUCCGACGACGUCGGAACUUUUGACGGAAGACCGACUUGUCGCGAGAUGUGUUCAAUGUUUUGGUAGGUGCCGAAUUGGAUAUGCAAAUAAAUUCAAGCCGCCCAUUUUGAAGACGUCGACGAGGAGGAUGGCGAGGUGGAGAAGGACGUCGAAUUCGCCGACGCGCUCUUCCUCAGCCAUCAGUGGCUGAGCGACAGUCUCUCGCUCAUCACACACUUUGUCAACUAUUAUCAGGUGCGUUUUGUGCUUGACUCACCAGAAAACGACGUUUUUAGGAGUCGCGAAGUGUGGAACAACGCGAAGCCGUCUGUCGUGCCGUCUCGUUUUGGAUCGAAAAGUUUCCGAUGCACUUUGACGCUCAACCGCAAGUGUGCGCUCAAGUUGUUCGCCUCAAAACGAUUGCGGAAGACGUGAACGAGAGCGUCCGCAGCGGAUUGGAUGUCAGCGCAUUGUAAGCGGUUUUUUCUCUCUCUCAAAACUCGCUGUCUCGUUCCAGACCCUCAUUCGCGUGGCUUCGUGCCGUUUCCGUCCGAAAUCCGCUCGCCAAACAGGUAAGCGGCGACGCUUUUUUGUGAUUUGAGAGCCAAUUCAGUUUGGUGCGCUUUUCGUGUGUUCAGCGCGAGUGACGCCUCUUCUCAGUUGCCACGUGGAAUGUGCAGAUUGCGCGUGUGAACCGAAAAAAGCGAAAACGAUUUCAGACGAGCGUGCGCGCCGGUUUCGAGACUCUUCCCACUCCGGGCACUCCGCCGCCAUUCCCCAUUGCUCACAAGUUGUCACUAGUAGCCACUAAAUCCCAUAUCCGCUCACCUGAUCGCUCGAAAUUCCAUUUGCAGACCGCUUUCUCGCUCUCGUUCGUACAAGCGUCGGCCAGCGACAUUUCCACGUCACUUUCUCACAUCGACUACAGAGUCUUGUCGCGGAUUUCGGUGAGAGAGAUUUUGGGAUUUCGGCGCGACAUAAAUCCCCUCUUGCAGAUAACCGAACUGAAGCAAUACGUCAAAGAUGGCAACUUGAAAUCGUGCCCUAUGCUCGAAAGAAGCAUCUCUGUGUUCAAUGUAACCGACUGGCCGACCGUAUCGCAAUAUAAUUGAAAUAGACGAUUUCAGAAUCUCUCAAACUGGGUACAAUGCAUGAUUCUCAACAAAACGACGCCAAAAGAGCGCGCGGAGAUUCUGGUAAAGUUCGUGCACGUCGCCAAACACCUCCGGAAGAUCAACAACUUCAACACGCUCAUGUCGGUCGUCGGCGGAAUAACGCAUUCGUCGGUGGCGCGGCUCGCGAAAACGCACGCGGCGCUCUCGAACGACAUCAAAAAAGAGCUGAGCCAACUGACGAACCUGCUCUCGGCGCAGCACAAUUUCAGCGAAUAUCGCAAAGCGCUCGCGUCGUGCAACAAAAAGUUUCGCAUUCCGAUCAUGUAAGUUGUAGGAGGUCACGGUCUCCAGAGCUGACAAUGGGCGCAAGUGCGCCCCGCCCAAUAGAGCGAUACAUUGGCGCGAAAUUCAAAUUUUAACAGCAAAAUUAGUGUUUUUUGCCAGAUUAGCCACGAAAAACCGAUAAUUUCUCAUUUGUCUCUCGAUAGACCGAUUGUAAAGGCUAUUACGAAUUUCUUAAGCGCAAGAGCGUUGAAUUUGGUCAAGUCACAAAUCACAUUUAUCCGUUUGAAGGUUUUUGGCUAAAACUGCGCGAAUUUCAGUUGCUUUUCGGUAAUUUUCGCGGUUCGAGCGCUCAAAAUGCUUGUAUUUACGUGAUUUAUCAUUCUCAAAACCAAUUCUGUCUGAAAACGGUCAAGAAAGCGCAAAAUGAGAAGUUGAGAAGUGUGGUUUUUAGGCGGCGAUCGGCGGCGAAGGUGAAAAAGCCAAAUCCGCCAAAAAUGCGCCAAAACGUCAUUAAAUCUGAGAAUUAGUGUGUUUUCUUGUCGAACAAUCAUUUUUCAUCGCCUUUGACCAAAAAAAAUCAGAGAAAACCUGCUCAAUUCAUGAAAACGCCAUUUGGCCGAGGAGGCCACGCCCAUAUUGUCAGCUCUGGAGACCGUGCGAGGUGUCGAACUCUCGACCAACCCACCCAGACUCGUUCAGUGGCGUCCAUCUCAAAGAUCUCGUGGCCAUCAACUGUUCGGGCGCGAAUUUCGAAAAGACAAAGUGCAUCAGUUGUGAAAAGCUGGUGAAACUGGCCACGCUACUCUCGAACUUUUUGGUUUUCAAUCAAAAAGGACACAACUUGCCGGAGAUGAACAUGGAUCUGAUCAACACGUUAAAAGUUUCACUCGACAUCCGCUACAACGACGACGACAUCUACGAGUUGUCGCUGAGAAGAGAGCCCAAAACGUUUAUGGCGGUAGGCCGCGGAAUUUGAAUAGUUCUCAUGACUUUUUUUCAGUUCGAGCCGUCACGAGGAGUGGUGUUCGCCGAAUGGGCGUCUGGAGUGACGGUCGCGCCGGACAGCGCGACAGUCUCCAAACACAUCAGUGCGAUGGUCGACGCCGUCUUCAAACACUACGACCACGACCGUGACGGCUUCAUCUCGCAACAAGAGUUCCUGCUGAUCGCCGGCAACUUUCCGUUCAUCGACGCCUUCGUCAACAUUGACGCCGAUCGAGACGGACAGAUUUCGAAGGACGAGCUCAAGACGUACUUUAUGGCGGCCAACAAGAAUACGAAAGAUUUGCGGCGAGGUUUUAAGCACAAUUUCCACGAGACGACGUUCCUGACGCCGACCACGUGCAGCCAUUGCAGCAAACUUUUGUGGGGCAUCAUCCGGCAGGGCUACAAGUGCAAGGACUGCGGGCUCGCCGUGCACAGCUGCUGCAAAUCGAACGCCGUGGCCGAGUGCCGACGGAAGAGCAGCAGCAAUCUGACAAAGGCCGCCGAAUGGCUCUCGUCGCCACGUGGCAGUGUGCGCAACAAACUGUUCAACACUUGCAAGUGAGUUGAGGGCGUUAGUUUGAGGAAAACGAAUUCUUAAAGUUCCCUAACUCUCAGACGGUCUUCCCGUCCGCGCACCGUUUCCGCUGUGGCCACAUCUCCAACUGCCGAAGCCGUUCUCGACGAAUCGCCGCCAACGUGCUCAACGUCCGCCCGGCUCACCCUUCCGCCGUCUUUGAAGGACAUCCGUCACCAGUCGGAGAGCACCGAGUACUAGUGAGUCUAGUGAAUCGCCAAAAAAAAGAACGAGAUUUAGUUUUAGUCACUCUGGAAGCACUCCCGACGAGGAAAUCGGACUGGUUAGCCUCGCAUGCGAGGAAGUUUUCGAAGACGACGACGUGCCGGACAUCUCCUCAGCUUCAUACCGCACUGCGUAG